CAGUGCUGCUCUGCCUACGAGGAGUGCGUUUGAUUGUUGCAGGGCUCAAUGGCGGACAUCGCACUGUAGUCGCCCCACAUCAACGGAGGACAAUAACAUCUAUUCCUAGUUCAAUACCAGCCGUCGUUUCUCGACCGCUGCUGGUAACACCGCUCGGUAUUCAGUUUGCGGUGUAUUGUGGAUACGUUUAAGAGCAGUGAAAGGUUAUUUAACCCCCGUACGCGUCUUUGAGGACUUCGGAGUUCCCGAGCGAGGAAGUUAACAGUGUUUCAUGGUGGCUCAAUAGAAGCAAGCUAGCUUGCGGGGAAACCAUGGGGGAGUCUCUAGAAUUAAUAGGGAAGCGUCUACUAUUGCUCCUUCGCGACGGCGGGACUGCCAACGGAGCCGAACCGGAGCAGGCGCCGCGAAUCCGGGACUGGCUGCGGGGGACGGUGCGGGCAGUGAGUGUCAUCGGCCUGGCCGCUCCGGAGCCUAGCGCAGGGGAGGCGACAACAACAACUCCUGCUGCGGGACUGACGGUGUUUGUGGAGUUUGAGAAUGCAUCCCAGCAGUGUUCGUGGGUGCAGGUGUACGACGACAGCGUUAAGGCCGUGCUGGUGGAAGAUUCCGUCGUUUGGGCCAAUCGCAACGCUCCUACUGGCGCUACCGGAUCAGCCAUGACCUGGCCUGCUUUGGCUUUCCACUCACUCGUGGACAGAGUGGGUUUAGGAUCUGUUCUUCCAGUGCAGUAUUUUGGAAACAACGACCUUGAGUUUCUACCCGAUAAAAAGUCCAUCCACAGGUUUGAGGUUGAUAAAGACAUCAGACACCCACUGCUGUUGGAGCAGCCGUCCUUGCAGGCUGCCAUCUCCAGCUGGCGAAGCGACUUUGAACUACAGGAGAUCCUCAGGAAGGGUUCGUUCACAAUUCAAGGACGAAAGGUGUGUGUCUAUAAGCCGGAGUUUGAGGAAUGUUGGGCCCCCGGGUUUGUCUCCCAGCAUGACCCCGUCUCACACAUUAUGGAGAUUAUGUUGGAUAAGAGUAAAGAAAAGCAGAUGGUGGACCCUCGUGUGAUACAAGUCAUGCUAGCAGAAGAAGAGAAUGGCCGACGAAAGAUGGACAGCGAGACGUUGAAAGGGGACAAUAGUCGCCGGAGAAGGACCGCCUCCGAGGAGGAAGACACGAACUUGAAGCGGUUCAAAGGAGCAGCCGAAUCCGGAGAGGACGGACAAAGCUGCGACGAUCCCAAGACGAAUUCGACAGACGGGGCGGACGUGCGGGGAGGCGACUCCGGCGACCGAGUCAGCAGCACGACCAAAAACGGAAGCUCCUCGGAUGGAACUUUUCACCCGAGCAAAGCGCCGUCGGCCCACGCCAACCCCGUCGUCCAGAUGGACCAGUCCAAUGCCACCCAAGCGUGUUAUUACACGCACGUUAAAGAAAACGGGCGGACGCUGUCCACGCAAGGCGCGGCGGACUCGACCACGUCGGUGUCUCACACGCCCAUACCGCCGCCGCUCAAACCAGCACCCUCUCCCUUCUCCGCCACAUCUUUCCCCUCUCUCGGCCAGAUGCCGAGCCUGGUCCCCGGAGCCCCGGUCCCCAAGGCUUCCCCGACCCCUCAGCCGGCCAGAGAAGAGGCCUCACAGUCCUUUUCCAAGACGGCCGCUCUUGUUUCCCCCGGGCCCGUCACCAUUUCUUGGUCUUCACCAGACAGCAGCCCGAGCGUGGCGCUGUCUGCUUCUGUGGGGUUCAAUUCCAAGGCACCCACUUGGGGGAACCAGACGGAGGCAUCUAAGACCGCGUCUAGUUUCCGUCUUCCGGCUGCGUCUACCGCUCCUGUAUUCGGCGAGGUUACCUCCCAAACCAACGGAGCGCCUGCUGCUUCUUCGACAACCUCCAAGGACACUACUUCCAGACCGUUUGGUUUUGGCUUUGGCAGAGAUAAGACUGAAACUAAAUCUCAGCCGGAUCAAAACUUGUUUUUCCAGUGCAUGACCAACAAUUCCGACACCAACGCAGGCCUCGCAGCUGCACAAAGCCAGUCCAAGGACACAAAUUACUUUGCCGCGGCGUCUGAAGCCCUGAGUAGGGAGUCCUCGAACCUUUUCAAGACCUCUACAGAAGGAAUGAAAAAACCGGAGCAGCCCAAAAUGCCUGAAUCCCAUCCAACGGGAAACGGUGUCAUCUCGUCAUCGGCUUUCCCGGGCAUGGGCGCCGCGGCAGCAGGAAGGGUUUCCACCAUGACGGCGGUAUCUGGACUACAGAAUCUUUUAAAGAACUGUAACAACGGCACAUCUACAGCAGGUGUGGUUAUGCAGUCUAGUUUUAAACCUUCAGACGGCCAUCAGAACCUUUUUCUGCAGGGCUCCAAAGAGCCGGCGAAUCCAUUCUUGGCGCACACCUUUGCCGGACUCUCCAGGGUCGAGCCUGGCUCGGAUAGCAAGUCAAACCUUUUCACAAUGGCGGAGCCGCCGAUGGGAAUUUUGUCGCUCUCAUCCGCUGUUUCGCCCAGCUCCUCAACCUCUCCGGCGCCGACUACGACUCAGAGAUCGCAGAACGAAGGCACUCCGAUAAAGGACGAAAAGUCAAUCGGAGAGAUGCCGUCAUCCACAUCGGGGAGCUCCGUUUUUGGAAUCGCCGGCCCUGCCAGAAUGGAUCAGCUCCCCGUGUCGUUUGACCUCAACCCGAGUCAGAGGUUUGUCUUGGAGGAACGAGCCCAGUCCACCAAACGCGACUCCGACCUCAGCAGCAACAGCGACCUCUCAGACCUGAGUGACAACGAGGACGCGCCAGACAAAGGUCAAGCCCCGGGAGCUUUGUCACACCCGGCGAAGGAUGGCGCCAUGCUGCAGAAAACGAAAGUCCAAGGCAAUGCAAAAAGCCGCCCGCGUAAUAAACCUUUCAAAGUGGGACAAUCUGUACUGAAAGACCAGAGCAAAGUCCGCCGUCUGAAGCAGUCCGGCGAAUCCUUCCUUCAGGACGGCUCGUGCAUCAACGUGGCUCCUCACCUGCACAAGUGCCGCGAGUGCCGCUUGGAGCGCUACCGCAAGUACCGCAAUACGGACGACGACAGCGAGGACGAUGACGACCCGAACGUGGCGUGUCGUUUCUUUCACUUCCGAAGGUUGGCGUUCACUCGUAAAGGCAUGUUGCGUGUCGAAGGCUUUCUAAGCCCCCAGCAGAGCGACUCCAUGGCGAUGGGUCUCUGGCUACCAGCGCCCGCUGUCCAAGAAGGUCUCGACCUUGAUACAUCGAAAUAUAUCCUCGCCAAUGUGGGGGACCAGUUCUGCCAACUGGUAAUGUCUGAGAAGGAGGCCAUGAUGAUGGUGGAACCUCACCAGAAAGUAGCUUGGAAACGUGCAGUGCGAGGCGUGAGGGAAAUGUGUGACGUGUGCGAGACCACUUUGUUCAACAUCCACUGGGUGUGCCGCAAGUGUGGCUUCGGAGUGUGUCUCGACUGUUAUCGGCUUCGCAGGAACAGACCGGUCGAGGAGAUAGACGAAGGCCCAGAGGAUGAGGUGUUCUCCUGGUUGAAGUGCGCAAAGGGCCAACCUCAUGAGCCGCAAAACCUCAUGCCGACACAGAUUAUACCUGGGACAGCUCUUUACAACAUAGGUGACAUGGUGCACUCAGCGAGAGGCAAGUGGGGCAUUAAAGCCAACUGCCCCUGCACCAGUCGGCAUACUAAGUCCCUAGUCCGCCAUAGCGCGCCUAAUGGAAUUUCACAGCAGUCGACGACAAACAGCGGCGGCGUCCUCGCCGCUGCGCCCGCCGUCGCUGUAAAGUCCGAAGGCGAAGCGUCGACUAUCAAAAUUGAAAGCGCGCAGACCGCCGUGUCUUCCAGCGGCGGCGGAGGGGAAAGCGUCGGGAGUACGAGUAACCCGACCAGCGGCGGCACGCCGUCCAUCGGUAACCUCGCACAGUCCUCCACGAAGGAGUCGCCGCGCUUAUCGGGCGAGGGCAACAGCUCCGCUCUGCACUGGCUGGCAGACUUGGCCGCGCAGAAAUCCAAGGAUGACACAAAAGAAUCCGGUUCCCUCCGUGCCAUAAUGAACCGAGAAAGUCGGCCUCCUUUUGGCCUGGACUCCCUCAGUUGCCUGUCAAGGCCUUCUGCUUCCAGCCCCAAACUCUUCAACAGCCUUUUGCUGGGCGCCAGCGCGACCCAGUCCAAACCUGAAGGUUCCAGUCUUCGUGACCUGCUCAACUCCGGACCCGGCAAGCUUCCACAAGGACCCGGAGAGAGCGGGGUUCCAUUCCCAUCGGUUUUUACCUCUGGAGGCGGUGACAAGCUGAAGAGCAGCCUUCCUAACUUUCUGGACCACAUCAUUGCCUCAGUGGUGGAGACCAAGAAGGCGGAAGGCCGUCGUACGGGAACCUCAGACGGCAGCGAGCUUGGUGUGCUCGGAGCCCGUAAAGACGGCGUCAUGGGGCUCAGUGUUUUGGAACCGCAUACCUCGCACUCCUGGCUGUGUGACGGGCGACUCCUUUGCCUGCAAGACCCUCGAAAUAGCAACAACUGGAAGAUCUUUAGAGAGUGCUGGAAGCAAGGACAACCUGUGUUGGUGUCGGGGAUACACAAACGACUGAAAUCUGAGCUGUGGCGUCCCGAGGCAUUCAGCGAGGAGUUUGGAGACCAGGAUGUGGAUUUGGUCAACUGCAGAAACUGUGCCAUCAUUUCUGAUGUGAAGGUGCGGGACUUCUGGGAUGGCUUCCAGAUCAUCUCCAAGCGACUGCAGGACAGUGAAGGUCAGCCUAUGGUGUUGAAAUUAAAGGACUGGCCUCCAGGAGAAGAUUUCAGGGACAUGAUGCCCACACGGUUUGACGAUUUGAUGGACAACCUUCCCUUGCCCGAGUACACUAAAAGAGACGGGCGACUAAACCUAGCCGCCCGUUUGCCUAACUUUUUUGUGCGACCCGAUCUAGGACCCAAGAUGUACAACGCCUAUGGACUGAUUUCGAGUGAAGACAGAAAGGUCGGCACCACCAACCUUCAUCUCGACGUCUCCGAUGCUGUCAACGUCAUGGUUUACGUUGGCAUACCCCAAGGAGAGGGUGACCAGGAAAAAGAGGCAGAUAUCUCUGGAUCCAAAGAGGUCAUGACCACUAUUGAGGAGGGUGACGUGGAUGAAAUGACAAAGAGGAGGGUCUACGAAGGAAAAGAGAAACCCGGAGCUCUCUGGCACAUCUACGCGGCCAAGGACGCCGAGAAGAUCCGAGAACUGCUCCGCAAGGUGGGAGAGGAACAGGGUCAGGAGAAUCCUCUGGACCAUGACCCAAUCCACGACCAGAGCUGGUACUUGGACCAGGUCCUCCGCCGCAGACUCUUUGAAGAAUACGGCGUCCAAGGCUGGGCCAUUGUGCAGUUCUUAGGCGAUGCGGUUUUUAUACCCGCCGGAGCGCCACACCAGGUACACAACCUGUACAGUUGCAUCAAGGUGGCUGAGGACUUUGUGUCUCCGGAGCAUGUGAGACACUGCUUCAGACUGACCCAGGAGUUCAGACAUCUGUCCACCACUCACACCAACCAUGAAGACAAGCUACAGGUGAAAAACAUCAUCUACCACGCAGUGAAGGACGCCGUCGGCACGCUGAAGGCUCACGAACCGAAACUAGCCCGCCCCUAGUCACUUAAUCCCGUCCGCACACACACAUCCACACGAUUACAUUGCAAACCUUCCCAUGCACAGACACACUCAAAAAGGUGCAACGGGCAGAAAUUAAAAGUGUGGGUUAAAAAAAAAAAAAGCAUGGCAAAUUUAAGGGGGAGGGAUUCAAUCCGAGUUUGGACUUGUGGGGGGGCGCCACAAUGAAGGAAAGUCCCGUCAUCGCUGUCACACAAUACGCUCAAACUUGUCAAGUUUUCCAAUUUUUGUUUUCAAAUUUUUUUUUUUUUUUUGCUUUGAUUAACUCUGUAUUUAAGGUCAAUGUGUUUAUGUCGUUUCCCAUUGUAUACGUAUGUAUGUGAGAGUUAACGAGUAACGGAGGUAUAAGCUGGCGCGUGCCUUCGCAGCAGAUGUUCAGCUACCGUGUACGAAACCGAUAAUGUGCGUUUCUAUUUUAAUGACGUCGACGUAUUUCUUCAAUAGACGCAAAGGUUAACAUGUUUUUUGUAGAUUUCUUUUUUUUUUUUUUUUGUCGUUGUUGCAGUUUUCAAACAAGAGUGCUCCUACCCUAAAUAUGGCUGAAAUGUGUUUGUGAAGCAGCCAAGCGAAGGGAAGCAGACCAAAGUUUUGUAUCUUUUUAGUUUUCACUUUCAGAAUAAUGAGUCUUUUUUUUCUUUUAUUAUUACACCUGUGUGCAUCAUUACACAGGUGGAUUUCAUAGAAGUGGCUUUUUUUUUGGGUUACUUUAUUUCAUAGGCUGAAUAACUGCAGAUUUGCAACAACAUUGUUCUAAAAAAAAAAAAAAAAAAAUCACAUUUGCAGCUGAACAGAACUACUGGCCAUUAACAUUGUAUCAAUAUAUAUAUUGAUCUUAGCAGUCUGUUUGAUUUUUCACAAUAAAGCUGAGGAAAAUG